GGGUUGGACCUGGGUUCCGAUGGCAGUGCUCAAGCGGCGUUGCUCACGGUGGUGCUGGUUCUGAGGAUUCCGGUGGAAGGAAGUGGAGGGUGUUGGUGAUCCAGAAAGAGGAGAGGGUAAAGCAUAUGAGGGUGAGGGUAUUAUUGUAACAUAGCUUUUUCAUUUAUUUUUUUAGCAGGUUAUAUUACCUGUUAUAACAGGUAAAAUUGGCUCUUGCAUGGUGCAUGACCACCCUAACAGCCACCACUUUUUUACUAGUCCACAUUAGGUGGAGCCUUGUUUUUAUUUGGAAGAUUCAAACAUCAACUGAAACAUUGAAUAACCAUAUUCAAACAUCCAAGAAUUGAUUUUUCUAUUUGGAAGAUUCAAACACCAAUUGAGUAACAAAAUUUAUCACCAUCUAGAUGAUAAAGCAUUAUAUAUAAUGCAAAAAAGCGAACUCUUAUGUCCCAGAAUUGAAAUGGCUUCCACCACCACCAACAUUACUAAAGAGCUUGUUGCAGAGAUACCUCCCUUUCUCAGAAUCUUCAAUGAUGGCACAGUGGAGCGACCGCUACAAGCACCAGCAGUUCCACCCUUGCUUGAUGAUCCACAAACAGAGCUCUCAACGAAAGACAUCACCAUCUCUCACCACCCCACAAUCUCAGCCCGCCUUUUCCUUCCAAAAAAACUAAACCAAGAUCAUCAUGUAGCUGAGAAAGUACCAAUCUUGGUCUACUUUCAUGGUGGUGCUUUCAUCUUGGAAUCUGCUUUCUCUAAGUCAUGUCAUGAUCAUUUCAAAACCUUUGUUCCACAAACAAACGUUUUGGUCGUCUGUGUGGAGUACAGGCUUGCUCCUGAGCACCCUCUCCCUGCUUGUUACCAUGACUGCUGGGCUGCACUCCAAUGGGUAUCCUCCCAUUCCACCAAGAGCCUUAGCAAUCCAGAGCCAUGGUUGAUUGACCAUGGUGAUUUAAACAGAAUUUUCAUCGGGGGUGAUAGUGCUGGUGGUAACAUUGCGCAUAACAUCGCCAUGCGUGCAGGGAUUGAGGUUUUACCAGGUGAUGUUAAACUCUCAGGAGCAUUUAUAGUUCAUCCCUUCUUCAACAGUUCAUACCCAAUUGGAUCAGAACCCAUUAUAGAGCCUGAACAGAACAUUGACCACAAGAUUUGGAAUCUGGUGUAUCCAUCUGCACCAGGUGGUGUUGAUAAUCCCAAGCUCAACCCUGUGGGUCCUGGUGCACCUAGUCUGGCUACACUUGGAUGCUCUAGAAUCAUUGUGUGUGUUGCUGGCAAGGAUAGAUUUAAGGACAGAGCUAUUUGGUAUUAUGAAGCUGUGAAGAAAAGUGGAUGGCAAGGGAAACUGGAGUUGUUUGAAGAGGAAGAUGAGGAUCAUAUUUAUCAUUGGUUAAAGCCAGAAUCUGAGAGUGCCAAAAAGUUAUUCAAGCGUUUGGCUUCUUUUCUCCAUGAGGAGUAGAAAAGAACUAUCUUUGCUUGAUUUGUUUUGUUGGUGACAAUAAACGUAAUCUCUUUGGGAUGUGAAAUAAUAAAUAAUAAGAAUAGUGAGUAAGCCUUGAGGUUUCAAGCGA